CUGCCUUACAAAAAAAAAACCCAGUGUGAUUGGAUCUCUCUGCUAUUGCCAUCGGAUCUCAUCAAAUUCAUCUUGUCUGAAUUUUCAUCAGUUUAAUCGAAUCUCUUUGUUUUCGUUGAUUGCAAAUAAAGAGAGUAUCCACUUGGUGUGUCAAAGCUUGUUCGUCUGAAACAUGGCGAAUUUUGCCAAACCUGAGAACGCACUGAAGCGUGCUGAUGAAUUGAUCAACGUUGGACAGAAACAAGAUGCCCUCCAGGCACUUCACGAUCUCAUUACCUCAAAGAGAUACAGAGCAUGGCAGAAACCGCUUGAGAAGAUCAUGUUCAAGUACCUGGAUCUUUGUGUCGACUUGAAGAGGGGUCGUUUUGCCAAGGAUGGGUUGAUCCAGUACCGUAUUGUUUGCCAGCAAGUCAAUGUGAGCUCCUUGGAGGAAGUUAUCAAGCACUUCCUGCAUCUUUCUACCGAGAAGGCUGAGCAGGCUCGCUCUCAAGCUGAUGCGUUGGAUGAUGCACUUGAUGUCGAUGACCUUGAAGCUGACAGGAAGCCUGAGGAUUUGCAGCUGAGUAUUGUCAGUGGGGAGAAGGGGAAAGAUAGAUCUGACCGUGAGUUGGUUACUCCCUGGUUCAAGUUUCUGUGGGAGACUUACAGAACAGUGCUUGAGAUACUGAGGAACAACUCGAAGUUGGAAGCACUUUAUGCGAUGACAGCACAUAAAGCCUUCCAGUUCUGUAAGCAGUACAAGCGAACAACAGAGUUCCGUAGGCUUUGUGAAAUUAUCAGAAACCAUUUGGCAAACCUGAACAAGUACAGAGACCAAAGGGACAGGCCUGACUUAUCAGCACCUGAGAGCUUGCAGCUUUACCUUGACACAAGGUUUGAUCAGUUGAAAGUUGCUACUGAGCUUGGACUUUGGCAGGAAGCUUUCCGUUCUGUGGAAGAUAUAUAUGGACUAAUGUGCAUGGUCAAGAAAACGCCCAAGUCAUCUUUGUUGAUGGUCUAUUACUCCAAAUUGACCGAGAUCUUCUGGAUAUCUUCUAGCCAACUUUACCAUGCGUAUGCAUGGUUCAAGCUGUUUAGUCUGCAGAAAAAUUUCAACAAGAACUUAAGCCAAAAGGACUUGCAGCUAAUUGCAUCAUCUGUUGUCUUGGCGGCAUUAUCUGUUCCACCGUUUGAUAGGGCUCAGAGUGCAUCCCAUAUGGAACUUGAAAACGAGAAAGAACGCAAUUUGAGGAUGGCCAACCUCAUAGGAUUCAACCUUGAACCUAAAUUCGAGGGCAGAGAUAUGCUUUCAAGGUCAGCUCUUCUGUCAGAGCUGGUUUCAAGAGGCGUUUUGAGCUGUGCUUCUCAGGAGGUCAAAGAUCUCUUCCAUGUUUUGGAGCAUGAGUUUCACCCACUUGAUCUUGGUUCCAAGAUUCAGCCGUUGCUGGAGAAAAUAUCCAAAUCUGGUGGGAAGCUUUCGUCAGCUCCUUCUUUACCAGAAGUGCAACUGUCCCAAUAUGUUCCUUCUUUGGAGAAGCUUGCAACCCUGAGGUUACUUCAACAGGUGUCUAAGAUAUAUCAGACUAUAAGAAUUGAGAGUUUGUCUCAGUUGGUACCCUUCUUCGAGUUCUCAGUGGUAGAGAAGAUAUCUGUUGAUGCUGUCAAGAACAACUUUGUUGCCAUGAAAGUUGAUCACAUGAAGGGUGUUGUAAUCUUUGGAAAUUUGGGUAUUGAGUCUGAUGGACUGAAGGAUCAUCUGGCUGUUUUUGCCGAGUCUUUGAGCAAAGUAAGAGCUAUGCUGUUUCCUGUCCCAAGUAAAGCAUCAAAGCUAGGUGGCAUAGUACCAAAUCUAGCGGAUACUGUUGAGAAGGAGCACAAAAGACUGCUUGCUCGGAAAUCAAUCAUUGAAAAGAGGAAGGAGGAUCAAGAGCGCCAGCAACUAGAAAUGGAACGUGAAGAGGAACAGAAACGGCUUAAGCUUCAGAAGCUAACGGAGGAGGCAGAACAAAAGAGGCUUGCGGCAGAGAUUCAAGAGAGAAGGAGGCAAAGAAUUCUUAAGGAGAUAGAGCAGAAGGAGCUUGAAGAAGCUCAGGCGUUACUGGAGGACACAGAGAAACGCAUGAAAAAGGGAAAGAAGAAGACACUUUUAGAUGGAGAGAAAGUGACAAAGCAAAACGUGAUGCAGAGGGCCUUGAAUGAGCAGGUCAAGGAAAGGCAGGAAAUGGAGAAAAAACUCCAAAAACUUGCCAAGACUAUGGAUUAUUUAGAACGAGCGAAGAGAGAAGAGGCUGCUCCAGUGAUUGAAGCUGCGUAUCAGCGAAGACUGGUAGAGGAAAGAGAGUUCUAUGAACGCGAGCAACAGCGUGAAGUUGAACUCAGUAAAGAGCGUCAUGAGAGUGACUUGAAGGAGAAGAGCAGAUUGUCCAGAAUGUUGAAUUUUAAGGAAAAAUUCCAAGAGGAAGUGAUUAGUCGUCGUCAAGCAGAGUUUGACAGAAUAAAGACAGAGAGAGAGGAGCGCAUCAGCCAAAUAAUUCGAGCCAGGAAGCAAGAAAGGGAUAUCAAGAGGAAGCAGAUGUACUAUUUGACAUGUGAAGAAGAAAGAAUAAGAAAGCUGGAGGAAGAAGAGGAAGCUCGCAAGCGUGAAGAAGCUGAGAAACGCAAGAAGGAACAGGCUGAACGUAAGGCUAAGUUGGAUGAAAUUGCUGAAAAGCAAAGACAGAGAGAGCUAGAGCUGGAGGAGAAAGCGAAGCGGAUGCGUGAAGAGGUGUUGAAGGGACCUAUCGCACCACCUCCAGAGCCUAGCGUUGCUCCUGCUGCUGCGCCACCAGCAGUGGCCCCAUCGUCAGGUUCCGGAAAAUACGUUCCUAAGUGGAAGCGUCAGGCAGCUGAGGUCUCAGGCCCAUCAUCUCCAACGCCCACACCACCGGCUGCAGAAUCUGAUAGCUGGACCAACCGCGGACCGCCUCAGAAUCCUGACAAGUGGACCAGUGGUAGCAGCAGUAGCCGCCCAAGUGGUGGUGAUACUUGGCGAAGCUCCAGGCCCAGGCCAGGACAGCGUUGAGUAACAUUUUUGUUUUGGUCCCAAAUCUUACAUUGAAUGAAAGUGAUCUCUGGAUUAAAUGAAACUUGCUCAAUGUGUUCUCUCUUGCGAGGAUUUUAAAAACCUCUAAGACUCGUUUUUGCUCUAGUACACACCAAGAGAGUGUUCCUCUUUUCUUUAUUCGGUUAGUUUACCGUCUCUCUUUGUUUAUCUUAAUAUUUCAGUUAAUUUCUGCUGUAAAACUUUAGACAUCGAACAGUUCUUUUUAUGGAUUAAUAACCCAAAAAGGUUUUACUGUU